UUGGAUAAGUGAUUAAGAUGCAACCUUUACAACUGUCAAUUUUGGCCUUCUGCCUGGUGGCUCUUUGCCAAACUUGCCAGGACACUGAAAGCUCCACCACCACCAAGGAUUGGUGGGAAACCGCGCAGUUCUAUCAGAUAUAUCCCCGCUCCUUCAAGGACUCCGACGGCGAUGGCAUCGGUGACCUGAAUGGCAUUACCAGCACACUGGAGUAUCUAAAGGAUUUGGGGGUGACAGCUGCUUGGCUGUCCCCCAUUUUCAAGUCUCCCAUGGUCGACUUUGGCUACGACAUCUCCGACUUUUUCGACAUACAGCCGGAGUAUGGAACUCUAGAUGAUUUUCGCAAUCUCAUAAAGAAAGCCAACGAGCUUGGCCUGAAGAUCAUUUUGGACUUUGUGCCCAAUCAUUCGAGUGAUGAGAACGAUUGGUUUAAGAAGUCUGUUAAGAGGGAGAAGGGGUACGCUGAUUACUAUAUAUGGCACGAUGGUAAGGUGAAUGCCACGACUGGAAAACGGGAACCUCCUUCCAACUGGCUGCAGGCAUUCCGAGGAAGCGCCUGGGAAUGGGUCGAGGAGCGUCAGCAGUAUUAUCUGCAUCAGUUUGCGGUGCAGCAGCCCGAUUUGAAUUACCGUAAUCCUGAUGUUGUGGCUCAAAUGAAGCGAGUGCUGCGUUACUGGCUUAAUGAGGGCGUGGCUGGCUUCCGUUGUGAUGCGGUGCCCGUGCUAUUCGAGGUGGAGCCUGAUGAGAAUGGUCAGUAUCCCGAUGAGGCAGUGAGCGGAUUGACAGAUGAUGUGGACAAUCGUAACUACUUGAAGAAUGAGCUGAUUGAGAACCGAGCCGAGACCAUUGACAUGGCUUAUCAGUGGCGCACUGUGAUGGAUGAUCAUCAGCGCAUUUAUGGCGGGGACACAAGAGUGUUGCUUAUCGAGACUUAUGCUCCUCCUGCAUACACAAUGCAGUUCUAUGGCAAUCGGUCUGUGAAGGGUGCCCAUCUGCCUUUCAAUUUCAAUCUGAUUACAGUGCCUGCAAGCAAUGGCGUCUCGGCCAGUUCGAUCAAGACAGCUGUCGACAACUGGCUGCUGAACAUGCCAGCAGGACGUACUGCCAAUUGGGUGAUUGGUAACCACGAUCAACGUCGAGCUGCCAGUCGCUAUGGCGUUGCAAAUACUGAUGCAAUGAAUAUGCUUGUAAUGAGUCUGCCAGGAGCCAGUGUUACCUACCAGGGUGAGGAACUGGGCAUGACUGAUGGCUGGAUUAGCUGGGCAGACACUCAGGAUCCUGCGGCCUGUAACUCCAACCAGAAUGUCUAUGAACAAUUCACCCGUGAUCCCUCCCGCACACCCUUCCAGUGGACAAGUGGCAACAAUGCGGGCUUCUCCACAGCCGCCAAGACUUGGCUGCCACUCGCCAGUGACUACAAGACAAUCAAUGUGGAGACGGAGCUAGCGGCAUCUAGUUCGCAUCUGAAGAUUUACAAGGCGCUCGUGGAAAUGCGCAAGAGUUCCAAGACUCUGCAGAAUGGUUCAACUAAGUACGCAGUGCUCAGCGAAGAUGUCUUUGUGAUCAAGCGAUCACUGUCCAACUCGCCAACUAUUAUUUAUGUGGCCAAUUUGGGCAGCAGCUCUGUCACCGUUGACCUUCGUGAACUCGACAAGACUUUGACAUCGUCCUUGAUCCUUGAACUGUGCAGUCUGAAUUCAAUGAAAGCUGUGGGUGCUUCGAUUGAAACCAAGAACCUUGAGCUGCUUGCAGGAGAAGCACUGAUUUUCACAUCGAAUUGAAAGCAAUUAUUUUAUUUUAAGCACAACCAAUUUACUUGCCUAUCGCAUACUUGGAAAAAUGUACAGAACUCAGUCAUUUGGCAUCUUCCUUUGGCUCAAAGCAACGGCGUUGCCGCUUGCUUAAAUAAAUAAAUAAACAAACAAACAAAUCGACAAACAAA